AGAGAGAGAGAGAGAGAGAGAGAGAGAGAGAGGAAACUUUCACUCCGCGAUCUUUCUGCAGAAGACGUAUUUUUCUCUUUAUUCGACAUGAAGCUUUUUUUUUUUUUGAAAUAACAGUCAUUUGCUUUCAUGACAAGAUCCAUGAACUGUGAGCUUUAGGUGGGUUAUCCUGUGAUUUAAUAAUUGCAUUGGUAUUUCUUAUGUCCUUUGUAGAUUUUUUUUUUCUCGAGUAAGUACUUUUUCGCUGUGUCCAUUGGCUCCUCAAAGUCAUAAUAUUAAAGGUUUGUCUAGUUCUUUGAUGCCGCAUUCUCUUAUCGGGUGGAAAGUUAUUUAGUUUCAUAUCAGGCUAAUAUUUUCAAGGUGAUUGCUCAACCCCAAUUAUUUCCUGGUAUCUAACUAAGAGUACAUAAGAAGUUCUAUAUCUACUUGUCAACCAAAAAAAAAAAAAAAGUUCUAUAUCUACAAAGUGAUCUAACAAAAGCAAACUUACAAAUUGACGAGCCUUGAUGUGAGACGUCAUAUCUAUUUUGUAUAAAGGGAACUUUACUAUCUAAUGUAUCACAUUAAGUCAUGUCAAUUUGUAGGUUUAUUUUUGUAUGAUCUCUAUGCAAACCAAGUAUUUUUCUAUCUUUAGUCUGAGCAGUAUGCUUCAAAGGAAAUUCUUGUUCUCACCCCUUUCGCUCUAGUUAUGGAUUUUUAAUGUAUAGUGUCUGUUCUUUUCUUUUCUUUUUUCAUUCUUCUUCUUUUUUUUUUUGGUAAGUUCAUGCUGCAUGCACUACGACUUUUCUUAGUGAUGUCCUUUAGAGCUGACUUUUAGUAAAAUACUAGCUUUUACUAUUAACUCGACCAUGUAUACAACUAUUUUGGAUCAUUUAAUGCUUCUUAUCUUCUGUUGGCUUUGGAUAAACUGUAUUGAAAUUAAUAAGCUUUCCUUACUACUAUCAUAUUAUUUAAUUUUAGAGCCAUCUAAUCUUGCUUCAUUUAAGUGAUAUCCCGUCUUAGUUUCUUUGUCUAUUUUUUGUGACUGAACAUAGCAUGUCAUUCACUUAAAGAGAGAAGAAAUUUUGCUAAUGGGAGUUUCUUUAUUAGAAUUUGGUUUGAAUGUCAUAUUGUCUGCACCCAUCUCUCCUUUACGAGAGAUUGGCUUUCUAAGGAAGGUUCUUAUGUGGUGAAGAUUAUGAUAGAGUUCUUAUUCGCUUUUUUGAGGCUUAUAACAAGGAUUUGGUGGUGGGAUUGAAGAUCCUUCACUAGAGAGGCAUCUUGGUCGUGGUUGAAGUGUUUGGCUGGCGCUUGGCUGGCGAGAAAGGCCAGCUUUACUAGGAUGCUGAAGGACUUCCAGCUUUAGUAAGAUGGGUCAAAAAAUGGGAGCAUGAUGGCAGCAGCAGAAGCAAGAGCUGCAUGGCAGAAAACAUCUAAUCGGUACUUCGUCCAAGAAGAUGCCAAAAGGGCUCCCAAGUUCACCUGCUGCCAGUCAUCAUCUUCAACAUCCAAACAGGUUAAUGCUGGACCUACCAAUACAGACGAUGGGCAAGAUCACCCUGCCUUGGGUUUUAUGCCCCUUAACAGGAACCUUUCAUUUUCCAAUCUACCCCAUGACACAAGAUGGUGGCUCCAAUUACAUUCUAGCUAUGGGUACCAAAAGGGUUUAACAUAUGAACAGUUAAGCGACUUAGAGGCCCGAGUUGAUUCCAUGAGAGUUGACACUGUGAAAUCAACAACAAAGUUUGAUGAGGUCCACCCACUAAAAGGAGACAAUAUUCAUUUUGACGAUCAGGACAACUGUGAUUCUUCUCUUGAUAUGAAAUGUAGUCUUUCUGCCAUUUGUAUGAAUAAAGCUCCUGAAGUCGGAGAGCAAGAGGUAAAGGCUCUGUGUAGCAAGAAUCCCGAGAAAUGUCUUGAACUUAUGGGUAUGGAUCCUUUUAGUUGUCCAGUUUCCAAACUACCUAACGAGUUUUGUUUAGAUCCAGAAUCUCCAUGGAUUGGUGGUGAUAAGCCUGAGCCAUGGUGGCGAAUUACAGAUAAAGACGAAUUGGUCUCCUUGGUCCUCAAGAAGUCACAUAACCAUAUUGAGAAUUGCGAUCUUCCCCCACCUCAGAAAAUGUAUGUUAGGACGCACCCAUAUGCUCAUCUCGGGUGCCUUGACCGUGAUGAAGCAAUAGCGUCAUCUUUUGGUAGGGAGGCCCGAACUGGUGGUAUUCCCAAUAGGAGUCAUGCGCAGGGCUGUCCUGGUUCUGGGAAACCACAUGGAUACCAGGGGGCUUCUUCCGAAGAAGGGUGUUCACAGUAUGGAUCUGACAAGUCAUUCAGCAGUUAUAGUAGAAACCACAAGGAUACACAAGUUUCUGAAAGUGACCAUGGCAAAGCUCAGCUAAUGGAAGCACUGUGCCGUUCUCAAACACGUGCAAGGGAAUCCGAGACAAUAGCAAAGCAGAUUUAUGCUGAGAAGGAGCACAUUCAUAAACUCUUUUUCAGACAAGCCGCCCAACUUUUUGUCUAUAAGCAGUGGUUCCAACUACUGCUGCUAGAGACCCUUUACAUCCAGAUUGAGAAGAAUGAGGGGUCGGUUUCCACUCUCUUCCCCAUGUUCCUUCCAUGGAUGCCUUACAAAGGUCAGAAACAGCGAAAGAGCAGGCUAAGGGCUACAAAGGGGAGAAGAGUCGAGGAUCGGCGAGCAAGGCAUGAUAUCGCAAAGUAUGCUGUUGCUUUUGCAUUGGGGUUGAGUAUUGUCAGUGCUGGCUUGCUCGUGGGUUGGACCCUAGGGUGGAUGUUACCUCCUUUCUAGAAAGCAGUUUCGACCAAAACCCUGUUUGUUGUGAAGAUUGAUUUUUUACAAGGGGGAAGUGGCUGCUUUACAUUGAUAUCAUAUGCACGAUGUAUUUUCUUGGACUCUUUGGCUGUCUAAUGUAAAUUCUUUGUUGUGCCUUUGCAUAUAAAUAUGAUAUGAGAUGGGUGUAUAUGUUGGAGGGGGAAUGUUGCUUGAGACAGAAACCGUCCCACGUUUCGUCGUGGUUUCAUUCGGA